GGUGACGACUAUUCAUAAUGGCGGCAUCAUGUUUACUAUUUGGUGUUGUAACUGAUAUUAUAACAGCGAUAUGGGUUUAUAUUGGACGAAAUCUCCCCUUUCAUAUUUUAGCUUAUGCCAUGUUCUUCCCUACACUAUUGUCCUUGUGUUUUGUUACCGAUUAUGUCGAAUAUUUCUGGAAAAUCGUGGGCACAGACCAGUUAACAUCAACUUUAUAUUACACAGUACUAGCAAUUCCAUUAUCAGUUCUACUUGUUUUAUUGUGUGUUGGUAUAGAUUUGUUGUUAGGAUGGGGCACUCGUACAUCUUUCAAGGAAGAUUCUUUGCACCAACACAACCGAACUUAUCUUUCUGGUUUUCUCAGAGCUAGUGGUGAAGAAGUUGGUUGGAGAUGCUUUAUGCUGCCAUGUUUGAUGUCGCAAUAUUCACCUAUUGUUGCUCUUACCAUAUCUGGCAUUAUAUGGGGAUUCUUCCAUGUUCCGGUUUUAAUUCUGUUAACAAACCGGCUACGUCCACCAAAACCGUACAUAACAGUUCUUGUCCAGUGUGUGGCGUGUGUUUUAGCAGCGUUUCCACAUUCAUGGAUCGCCAUUAAAUCUGGAUACUCAUUUUGGGCUAGUGCAAUGUUACAUGCAGCAUGGAAUAGGCUGAAUCCUCUAUUACUGGGAAGUAUUUAUACUCAAACUCCAGGAUAUAUAGAGGGGGAACAAUGGUUGAUUAAUGGAGAAGGAUUGGCUGGUUGUUUGGUGAUGUUACCAGUAGCUGGUCUUGUUGUUUGGGAUCUUAGUUAA